CAAUAAAUGAUAACACGAAUAGUAGUCAAUCUAAGAAAAAAUAUCAUUUCAUUUCCAACACACAACUUCUUCCAUUAAGCUUUCAUACCCAAAUCAAAUACCCAUUAAAGAUCUUGUGUUACUUUUUCAUACAAUCUUGAUCAUCAAAGAUGAUCGGAAUACCAGAAAAGGCGAAGACUUUUGUGAACAACAGAUGGCUGGUUUUUGUGGCAUCUAUGUGGGUUCAGUCUUGUUCUGGAAUUGGGUAUAUGUAUGGAAGCAUAUCGCCGGUGAUCAAGAGCACCAUGGGUUAUAACCAGAGGCAGAUUGCUGUCUUGGGUGUUGCCAAAGAUAUCGGUGAUGCUAUUGGCUUCGUUGCUGGUAGUUUGUCUGAGGUUGUUCCUAUUUGGGUGGUCCUUUUCAUUGGGGUUGCUCAAAAUUUCUUUGGGUAUGGUCUUGUUUGGCUCACUGUUAAUCACACAUUGCCGCCGCUGCCUUUGUGGGUGCUAUGUGUUUGCAUAUUUGUUGGAACGAACGGCGAAACCUAUUUCAACACCGGAGCUCUAGUUUCCGGAGUCCAAAACUUCCCAAAAAGCCGCGGUCCAGUCGUUGGAAUCCUCAAGGGUUUUGCGGGUUUAAGUGGUGCUAUACUAACACAAGUUUACUUGAUGUUUAACUUCCCUGAUGAAGCCUCCAUCAUUUUCGUGGUAGCUGUGGGUCCCACAAUAGUCAUCACAUCGGUUAUGUUCCUAAUCAGACCCGUUGGCGGCCAUAAACAAGCUAGACAAUCCGAUGACACGAGUUUCUUAGCUCUUUAUGGUGUUUGCCUCAUUCUAGCUGCUUAUCUUUUGGCGGUUUUAAUACUACAAGAUCUCGUCGAUUUGAACCAAACUGUACUCACCGCGCUCGCACUCGGGCUCGUGACUCUCGUGUUGCUUCCGGUGGUAAUUCCCGUCACAUUAGUGUUUUUCUCUCCCAGGUCCGAGGAAGAGGAACACCUUCUUAAUGCGGAGAAACAAGAAGUGAUUGAUCAUGGUAAAACCGAAGUUAUUUUGAGUGAAGUAGAAGAUGAAACACCAUCGGAGAUUGAUUCACUUCCGGCUGAAGAACGUGAAAAACGGAUCUCGCAUUUGCAAGCAAGGUUGGUGCAAGCGGCUGCUGACGGAGCUGUGAAAGUUAAGAAGAAGAAGGGUCCAAGAAGAGGGGAAGAUUUUACUUUGACGCAAGCGUUGGUGAAAGCCGAUUUCUUGCUCAUGUUCUUUUCGCUAGUUCUUGCAUCGGGUUCGGGUUUGACCGUUAUUGAUAACCUUGGUCAAAUGUGCCAAUCUUUAGGUUAUGAAAAUCCUCAUAUUUUCGUUUCCAUGAUUAGCAUUUGGAACUUCCUUGGUCGUGUUGCUGGCGGAUAUUUCUCCGAGCUAGUUGUAAGGAAGUACGCAUACCCGAGACCAGUGGCAAUGGCUGCGGUUCAAGUAGUGAUGUCGUGUUCACUUCUCUACUAUGCCGUUAGUGCACCAGGGGCCAUAUACAUUGUCUCAGUUGUGAUGGGAUCGUGUUACGGGGCCCAUUGGGCCAUCGUGCCAUCUGCUGCGUCAGAACUAUUCGGGCUAAAGAGUUUUGGCGCAUUGUAUAACUUUCUUACACUUGCUAGCCCGGCCGGUUCGCUAAUCUUCUCCGGUGUCAUUGCUAGCGGCAUUUAUGACUAUGAAGCCAAGAUUCAAAGUGCUACAAACCUUAACACGCUCACAGAUGGUGAAGCACUAACGUGCUAUGGAACCAUAUGCUACUCCAUCACUUGCGGAAUCUUGUCGGUUCUUUGUCUCAUGGCAUGUGUCUUGAGUAUGAUUGUGGUGUAUAGGACUAAGAGAGUCUAUGCAAAACUUUACGGGAGUUCUUGAAGUUAGAUCGCACUCCUCGGACUAUACCGUGGUUGUAUCAUGUGUGUUAGGCUCAUAGAUUUAAGGUUUGGUAAAGAUGGAGCCAUUUAGAGUAUUGAUUCUUUGGUACACUACUAAAUUCUGUUUUUUUUUUUUUUUUUUUUUGGCUGUGCUUCAAAUUUAGUACACCAUGCAAGUUUUAUUUGUAGAAUGGACCAUAUGUACCACUUAAGAGUUUUGUGAUGGAUGUUAUAUACAAAUGGUGUUUUGUUGA